AUGCGCAAAAAGGGCAGCGGCUUCAUUGGGGGGAAGCUAAAUUUAAAAAUUAAAAAAAAAAAAAAAAACGCCAAGCAGGAAGCGCGUCAUGGAGAAGCCAGCCAUGUGGACAGCGUUGCGAAAAGUGGCGAAGCAGUUCAGGUUAAGAGUGACCCAUCGGAGCAUGAUGGCAAGAAGGAUGGCUCCGAAAAAAUUAUAAAAGGAACAGGAAGAAUAACAACGGAGAAGAAUACAGUCCGGGGGGUCAGAACAGAUUUUAUGGCUGAAAUUAAAGAGGGCUAUGACAUCAUUUUGGAAAACCCUUCAACCUUUCGAAACGAACGGAGGACUGUGACGUCCGUGCUGAGCAACAAGACGUUGCUUGUGCAUGAGGAGUUCACAACGGACAUAAGCACCACGUGUGCGUUUUACAUCGCCUCCGGUGGGAAAAGCGGAGGGAAACCUGUUGGCCAACCCGCAGACACACCGGAGGCGCACAUCGGCGUGGAGUACGCCAAAGUUUUCGAGCAGACGUCCAGGCAGGAUCAGGUCGAGGUGCGGGAGAAGACGGGGCUCUGGUCCUACCGAGUGGUGAAGAAGAAGGUCGACGGGCGGCUGACCAACGAGGAGAAGCUGGACAUGCGCGUUAGAAGCGGCCGCGACAAGUUCUGCUGGUAG